CCAGCACAAAUAUAAAAGAUGGGGUCAGAGAUCAAAGCUGGGGGGCCAAUGCGUGUCCUGGUGACUGGUGGGUCUGGGCUGGUGGGCAAAGCCAUUGAGCAUGUGGUGCAAAAGGAAGCUGGGAAACUGGAGGGAGAGGAAUGGAUCUUCCUCUCUUCUAAGGACGCUGUUCUCGUAGAUGUCGGGCAGACCAGGGCUGUGUUCGAGAAGCACCGUCCCACUCACGUCAUCCACCUCGCCGCAAAAGUCGGAGGACUCUUUCUGCACAUGAAGGAGAACCUGCAUUUUUUGAGGGACAACAUCAAAAUCAAUGACAAUGUGCUACAAACAGCCCACGAGAUGGGUGUCACCAAGGUCGUGUCUUGCCUGUCCAGUUGUAUCUUCCCUGACAAAACCACAUACCCCAUCGAUGAGACCAUGAUACACAACGGACCUCCUCAUGACUCCAAUUUUGGAUACUCGCAUGCAAAAAGGAUGAUUGAUGUUCAGAACAGGGCAUACUUCCAGCAGUAUGGUCAUCGCUACACGGCGGUCAUCCCGACCAACGUGUUUGGCCCCUACGACAACUUCAACAUAGAAAAUGGUCACGUGCUGUCAGCACUCAUUAACAAGACCUACGAAGCCAAAAAGGAAGGAACUCCUGUGAUUGUAUGCGGCUCUGGAGCUCCCAGGAGACAGUUCAUCUAUUCUUUGGACUUGGGCCGUCUAAUCAUCUGGGCCCUGAGAGAAUAUAAGGAAAUUGACCCCAUUAUCCUCUCUGUGGGUGAAGAGGACGAGGUCUCAAUCAAAGAGGCUGCGGAGAUGAUAGCCAACGCUCUGGACUUCAAAGGCGAAAUACAUUUUGACACCACCCUGUCUGACGGCCAGAUGAGGAAGACAGCAAGCAAUGCCAAGCUAAGACGCUACCUCCCCAGCUUCACCUUCACACCUCUUAAAGAAGCUAUAAAGAUGACCUGUGACUGGUUUGUGGCCAACUAUGACAUUGCCCGGACAUGAAGCGACCAAACACUGAGCUGAUAAUGAACACUAUUCUGGGGUAUUGGUGUCAAGCAGGUUGUUAUCACUGUGCAAUACUGGUUUAUUAAGUACCUCAUUAAACUACACUGUGCGUAUCCUCUAGUAUAUUCAAAGCUGUUAUUAUAGGAGUCAUUUUAGCUACACUUUUCUUUAAUAUCGAAUGAAAUUGUUGAAUGAUUUAGAAAGUAAA